CAAAGGAUUAACCUAAACGCUGUGUCGGAGGGUUUGACCAGGCUGAUCGAGUUACCAGUACACGGCGCAAUGCGGUGGUCGGCAUUCUGCAUUCUGAUGCUGGCGAUCAGCGAACCUCUACUCGUUUAUGCGGCCAAAGUGGUGGUGGUGGUUCCCCAGCAAAUAAGACGCAGUCCAGCGCCAUCUUGGCGUUCUGGAGCGCCAAGAUACAGGAAGUCAUCUCACAGUGGCGAAUUCCACCCCAGAUAUCACGGACCCAUUGGUCAAUAUCACGUCAAGAAAUCCAUCUAUCCGAGUCCUCCCUAUCCUCACGGAGGAGACGACUUUGACCAGGGUCACGAAACCGUGAACCACGUGCGAUUACCAUACGGGAAGGAUGUCAGUCACGCCAUAACCUUCGGCAAGGGGUACAUCCCGUACGAUCACAUUAAGGGCAGCUUCUCGUUUGGACGUGAAAGGUACCCGGGACCUCCAGAUCACGAGCAAUCCGAACCAGUCUACGCCCCGACCUCGUACUCUUCCUCAGGCCCCGAGUACACCCCAGGACAAAUGUACGAGUCCUCCCACGCGGAAACGUUCUACAGCGACCCAGAGAGCGCCAUGAGCUACAACGAUAAAAGGAACGAUCGCAAGAGGUUCUACUCUGCCAGGUCCAUCGAGAAAGACGUGACAGCGAACAAUCCCCUGGACUACGCCUCAGCCCUGAACCAGGAGAAGGAACAGCUCCUGCGUUUGCAGUUGAAGGCUGCAGACUUGUACAAGACCGUGUCCUUACAGCAGCAAUCGCAGCAGCAGCUGCAACUGCAACCUCAAUCACAGCCACAACCACAGCCUCAAGGCAACGUGGUGUGGGCGUCCAAUAUCCCCUCGCCUACCAUAGGCGGAAGCAAAGAGGGAAUCGUUAUCAAGGACAUGGUCUCCUUGGAAGAGUACCAACAGAAGCUCCAAGAGAUGACCAAGUCGUGGCCUCAGUACCUGGCGAACGGAGGGACCGCUUUGACCGGCGGUUAUCAGACCCAACAGGUCCCAACGACCUUUCCAGCUGCUGGUCAGCAGACCUCCUUCACUGGGUCCAUCAACUGGCCGGUGAACGUCGCUCAGUCGAAGCAGGGAUACGCUGUGAAGGAGGACACCAACGAGCCCCCUCCCGACUUCAGGUCCAUGCCCGUUCAGGCCAACGUGUUCCAGGCGUUCCCUGUGUCCACGAACAACAUCCUUCCGACUGUGACGCAGACGGUCCAUGGGUAGACUUCGAUAGGAUUAGGUUUGAACGGGAAUGGGGAACCUGAAAAGACCUUGGAAUUCUUAGGUGCUUGUUUCGAAGAUUUGGUAGAUGUUCAUGUCAGUAGAAGUGGAUUGGGAAUGUAAAUUAUUGCUAGAGAAUAGAAUUAUUGUUAGAGAUUUUCCUAGAAAUUUUAUAUUUACUGAAACAAUCUGCUUUGACUGUAACUCCGCUUGAUUUUUAAACAUUGGGUAGUAGAAUAUCCAUUAAAAAA